AUGGCAGACAUUCGUGCGAGCCAGUCAAACCAAAAACGCAAAAAGAACAUUUUCUCAAAAGUAUGGAAGUCGUUUUCGAAACUCGGCCGCUCUAGUAGCAGAGCUAAUCUUUACGGUAGCGCUCGGCACGUAGGUUCGAGCUUCGGGGGGAGCAGCUUCGACGGCGGCGACGGCAGCGACUCUGGCGUGAUGACUACCGGUUCGACUACUACCAGACGAAGUUCAGCAAUAAACAACUUGGAAGAUUUCCACAGAGAUGGUUCGACAAACUCAGACUCCGCCUCAACAGGCUACGCUUCAGAAGGAUCGUCAGAUAGAAGCAAAGACGAACAGAAUCUUAAUCAAUGCAAAAAAGUCUUCCCGCAGAAAAAGUUUUACGCCGCUAAGAUGGAAUCGACUCCAAUGCUCGAUUCGAUAAUGAAGAGUCUUGAAGCUUCCAAGAAAAAGCAACGAGUCCCUUCCCGCACUUGGAGCUCCGAAGAAAUUAGUGACGAAGAAAGAGAUUCUUCAGUUUAUUCGACGACUUCUGUUUCUUCAUCGGAUUCCGUGAUUGACAACUCCUCUUCUGAGGAAGCUCCUCCACCAGUAAUUCUGCACCGCCACGCGCCCGUCAAGCAACAGCGAACAUAUUCUUACAACCCUCGUCAGCUGAGUACUCCGAGACAACCUCAAAUGACAGCGGCGAGCUCUCAUGUGAGUAGUUUCACUCCUGCCUCUGUAGCUUGCUCCGGGGCAGUGAGAAACAUCGCUGCUAAGUUCGCUGAAAAUGAAAACAUUGACGAAGAUUUCGGGCAUAUUCAUAUAUCUAAGCCAGAAGGAAUUCGACGAACACAGAGCACUAAAAUCCAGGCUCUUGCGGCCAGUUUCCAAAUCUCAAACGAACAAAUCGAAACCAAGCCAAGUUCGCCGACUGCCUUGGUGCGCUCGCAAACUGUGGUAACGGGACAAAACCGACCGAGCAAAAUGACGAGUGACAGUGCGUUCAUGAAGAGUUUACUCGAAAUGGCGAAGUCGGAUGAGCUGGAUGAGCCUGGCGCGCGCGUCCGCGAUGUUGAGAUCAACGACUUCAAAUCCCAAAUUUCCCUUGUGUCUACCAAAAUGCACCUAAGAAGAACAAUGACUAUCGCAGAGCCAGAUGACAGCACGUGCGCCCAAGAAAACGUCCACGACAUUGCUAGAUCGAAGUCCGAAAGUGUCUCUUCAACGUUUGUGCCAAAGUAUCAAUCAGUUGACCCGUUCGUCGUUGAGAUUUUGGAGCAAGGGAAUAUCCCUGAAGGUGUCAAACAGAAAAUUCGAGAAGAGUGCUGGUCGCUUUUCAACGAUCCCAAGACGCCAAGGGGAGUCAAACAGUGUAUUCUGAACACAAUGCUCUCCAAGUACCAGGCUACUUGUUGA